AACAUAUACAGAAAGGGAUUGUGCGUCAUCAUGCUACAGAAGAGCUCAUUUAACAGCAGAGUUCAAGAAAAUAGAAACAAGCGACGUUAGUACUACUAAAAAUAACAUGAAAGUUGGGAAGGUGUUUACAAAAAUAAAAUUAUCAAAGGUUUUGAUGAAAAUUAACGAACAAUUCAAAGAAGAUCCUCAAUAUUUUCAGUAUAAUCAUCUGCAUAAUCAACGUAGUAAUCAAACGAUAACUUUUAAAACCAUUGCAAUAAUUGGAGCUGGUGGCUCAUCAGCUUCUUAUUGGCUGAAAGAAACAUUUAAUAACUCUAAUAGUAGUAGUUUAAAAUUUAAUACAACAAUUUAUGAAAAAUCAUCAAUAAUUGGUGGACGUGCUAAAGUUGUUGAAUUUGAAUCUGUUAAUGGGGAAAAAUUUAACAUUGAAUUGGGUGGAUCACUAUUUAUUGAUAGAAAUUAUCAUAUAAUUAAUGCAUCAAAGCAAUUUGGAUUAGAACUUAUUUAUUAUGGUGAAGAAACACCUAAUGCAAGAAAUGGAAUGUGGAAUGGAGAAAAAUUUGUAUUUGAGCAAUCUACUAGUUAUUAUUGGGAUGUAAUGAUAAUGACAUGGAAAUAUGGGCUUGCUCCAAUUAAAGUUAAUAAUUUGAUUCAAGCAACAGUAAACAAAUUUUUAAAUAUUUAUUAUCUCGUGAACCCAUUUACUAGCAUUGAUUCAGCUAUUGAGACGUUGGAUCUUUCUGAUUUAGUAAAAUUCACUGGUGAAUAUUAUUUCUCUGAAAUUCAAAAAAUAAAUCAAAACUACCUUUAUGAUAUUGUAGAACCAGUUGUACGUGUUAACUAUGCUCAAAAUUUAAAUGAAAUUCAUGCAAUGGGAGUUUAUAUUGGAUCAGCAUCUAUAGGAGCCAAAAAAAUUAAAGGAGGGAAUUAUCAAUUAUUUGAAAAAUUUGCUGAAUAUUCAGAAGCAAAUAUUAAAUUAAAUUCAAAAGUUAUAAAAAUAACAAAAAGAUUGUCAGAUACAUCAUUGAGAUAUUUGGUUCAAACUGAAGAUGGAAAUGUUGAUGAGUAUGAUGGAAUUAUCUUGGCUACUCCAAUAGAAGUUUCAGGAAUAAUUUUUGAAAAUAUUUCUAAAAUGCAAGAAAUCAAAGAGAUUCCAUAUGUAACACUUCAUGUAACAUUGGUGGCAGGAAAUUUGAAUCCAAAUUAUUUUGGUAAAACAUCAUUUGAUGACUUACCACUACAAAUAGUGACAACAAAUAGUCCAAAAGUGGAAUUCUUAUCCUUAACAACUGAAAGAAUAUUGAGUAAUGGUGAAACAGUUAAUAAAAUUUUCACUCUAGAUUAUUUGUCAGACGAAAUUUUAUCCAGAAUUUAUUUAAACACCUCUUGGAAUUAUAGAAAAAUUUGGAAAUCAUAUCCUAAAUUGUUACCAAAUCAGACUUUUCCACCUUUAGAAAUUGAUGAUAAUUUCUUUUACAUCAAUAGUUUUGAACCUUUUAUUUCUACUAUGGAAACUGAAACAGUUUCAAGUAAAAAUAUUGUCAAUAUAAUAGCAAGUAAGUGGGAUGUAUUUAUUAAUAAAACAAAUCCUUAA